CGCAGCCGAGUCUCCGACGACGCUGAAUCCCUCCGUCUGCCUCCCAUCGACUCUCAGGGUCUGCGUCCUGAAUCUCUGGUACUGCGUUUUUGCAGUAGGGUUGUCUUGAUCUCAUGGCUGUAGAGGGAAGGGCGGUGCAACUGCCAUUGGAGGAGCCCUACUGGGAGAAUUGGGAUUCGAUGGUAACUUUGGUGGAUGAACACAACAGGGCCGCGUUUGAUCUAGAAGUGGAGAUCACAAAUCAAAUUAAUGAAUACAUCGAUGAUUAUUCAAGGAAAAUUAGAGAACUUAAUGCCAAACUUCCAAAAGAGCAGCAAUUUUUCCCUGUGUGUGUCCGGCCACGAGACCCUGAACUUCUAAUUAAGGCAAGAGCACCAUUUUUCAAGGAGUUUAAAAUGGGAAACAUCUCUCCAACUAGUUGGGGAUGCAAGCAUUUUGCUAGCCCAGAACCAGGAGAAAAGUACAAAGCUUCAACUAUGCUGCAGGUUUUUUGUCUGAGAUUUGCUACAGAUAUUCUGAAGUGUGGACCAAUGGAAGUUUAUGGUUUUGUGGCAGUAAGAGAUGAUUGUGAACCUUUGAGGAAUUACAUCUUCAAUCUCCCGAGAGAAGAAGCUAUUACCUUGGAUUCCUCUGUGUUGCCAUUGAUUUCACCCAUUCGUGGCAUGUCUGUGUGGAACAAUGCAUUGGUUGAAAUAAAUUUGAAGGGCAAGAAAAACGAAAAAUCUGAUGAUCUCGUUCUUAUUGAUUCAUGCAUUGAGUUUAGAUGGAAUAGGAUUGUUCGUGAUAAGAAGCUCAAGUCUAGAAUUGAUGGCCCAUUUGGUGCAUUUGAAAUGGAGUACAUGUUUAUCAAGCAUGGGAUAGAAGCUGUUGUUGAAGUUGACAUUCCUUCGGAAUUGAUUGGUGACCAUGUCCUGAUUGUUGCUCGCAGCACCGGGUUUAAGCAAGAGGUGAUGAUAUACGAUGAUGUUGUGAAGGAAGAGACGAGAAAGAUUUCAGCUGUGAUUGCUGCUUCUCGUCGUGGGAGUUUACAUUUUGGUUUCCUAGCAACAGGGAUCCGUGCUAGUGCUGACUACAUCAAAUUCCAAGUGAAGAAGUCUGGAACCCACCAAGGGUAUAUGUUCAUCCUGAAAGAGCCACAGUCGGCCAUGUUACAUUAUGAACCACAUGAUAUCUUGGUAGUUAACGGUUGUUUGCCUCGAGAAGGUCUACAGCUUCCCCAGAAAAAGGGAAGGAUUCUUGGAUUGCGAAGGAGUGUCAAUGAUCCUGGAGUAAUUAGAGUCCCUUUUAAGGUCACAUUUUCAACAAUGGGAUAUUAUAACAAUGGAAUGUUAUGAGUAGGUGGAUAUGUCAUUCUGAUACUUACGUUCCUCUCUUUUCAAGAAUAGGAAAAGAUUAAGAUGUUUGAGAUGUUAUUGUUAAAUUACUGUUGUAAUGAUGUUCCUUCCAAACAAAUCAGCACCAACUUGACAUCUUAUCUUGAUA